AUGUGGAUCGCUACGCUGGCCGGUUGGCCAUCCGGUCAAGGCCCUGGACAUGAAGAAGCCCCACCAAGGCCAAGGUGGUCAACAUCUGUGGUGUGGGUCCUGGCGUCGGCGAUAGGGUACCGCCAUGGUGUUGGGAGAUGUGGAGUUGAACAUAACAGUGUAGAGUGUAUCGUAGUCCUUCCGGACCCUCGUAGCUACUGGGACCCGGUGUUCGGCACCUGCGUCUUCCUCUUCUCCUUCCUCAUCCCGGUGGCCAUCAUCAGUGUCUGCUACAGCCUGAUGGUGAAGCGCCUUCGCAGCGUCCGCAUCCUGUCCGGCUCCAAGGAGAAGGACCGCAACCUGCGCCGCAUCACUCGCAUGGUCCUGGUCGUCGUGGCAGCCUUCGUGGUCUGUUGGACCCCCGUCCAGAUCAUGGCUCUGGCCCAGUCGUUGGGCUUCAACCUGAGUAGCCUCCUCACCAUGGCCCUGAUGCACUUCUGUAUCGCGCUGGGCUACGUCAACAGCAGUCUUAACCCAGUUCUCUACGCCUUCCUGGACGAGAACUUCAAGAGGUGCUUCAGGGAGUUCUGCCACCCGGGUCCGUUCCGCCUGGACAGCCGGCAGCAGUCGGGUCGGAUGAGGAGCAUCGCCCGCGAGGUGGCCUACAAUUGCAAGACGGCGGACGGGAAUACAAACCCCGCAUGACUAGGCGUGGAGCUGCCCCUGGUCUGCCAGGAGCCCCAGAACAACCACCACCAAGGGACAGGGAACUCCAACACGGAGCUCACCCAGAUCACUACCCUCUAGCAGCACGUCGGCCCAGGGACAGGCCGAGGAAGAGGACCGGAGGUGGCCCAAGGCAGGGGCAGGGACACUGUCCGAAUGGCCUGGUUGGGGCCGGAUCUAGGCCAGAGCUGUUUGGAGGCCGAACAGCAGGGUCAAGUAGUCUAACGGACCUUCUACUAGGGACUAAGGGGCUUCUCUGUGUCUUCAGUGAACAUGGAUGUUAUGUACAUGGAUGUCAUGUUGUCWUUAUUUAGUUGGGUUAAUCAUUUUCAGGUCGAUUACGUUCAGAGUUUAGGUCUGUGUGCGUCAAGGACCAUUUCCGCGAAUGUCAACAGUUUUUGCUCACGCUUAUCUCAACUCUGAUUGGUUGAUUAAUGAUGUUGUCGUUGUCAGUUUUUCACUGUGUUGUACAGAUGUUUUUUUGUCUGUUUCUACGCUGUAGGUAAUUACUUUAACUGGAUGUUAUUCGUUUAUUUCUGUUUUAUUUUGUUCCAGAGAAACAAUUUGUCUGAUUCCAGGGCCUUAAAUACCAAACGAAGUCUGUAUAAAUACUAUCCACUAUCCUGGAUAAAGUGUGUCAGUCCUCGAUGGUGCUGUACUGUACGUUUCCUUGUUUGUUUCGUAUCACCUUGCAGGAGUUGUGUAGGAAUKCAGGAGUUGUGUAGGAAUGCAGGAGUUGUGUAGGAAUGUAGGAGUUGUGUAGGAAUGCAGGAGUUGUGUAGGAAUGUAGGAGUUGUGUAGGAAUGCAGGAGUUGUGUAGGAAUGCAGGAGUUGUGUAGGAACGAGCAACACAUCACAACAGAGACUUGCUUGUUGAAGCCUUUAUUGUUCAUUGUUACAAUGAAAUAAUUGCAGAUGAUGAUGCUGCCUGAUGUUCCGCGUGUGAAUAUUUCUGCUUGUCGUCCUUUAAAAAUGAAGCAAAUAUAUUUUGUACUAUAAUUUGUUUGAAUCCAGGCUGUAUCCCAUCCGGCCGUGAUUGGGAGUCCCAUAGRGCGGCGYACAAUUGGCCCAGCGYCGUCCGGGUUUGGGCGGUGUAGGCCGUCAUUGUAAAUAAGAAUUUAUUCUUAACUGACUUGCCUAGUUAAUAAAUAAAGGUUAAAUAAAAUAAAAUAAAUAAUUACCCUGGAUACAUAACAUGGUGUUACCGUGGAUACMUAACAUGGUGUUACCGUGGAUACAUAACAUGGUGUUACCCUGCAUACAUAACAUGGUGUUACCCUGGAUACAUAACAUGGUGUUACCCUGGAUACAUAACAUGGUGUUACCGUGGAUACAUAACAUGGUGUUACCCUGGAUACAUAACAUGGUUUUCCUCUAUAUACAGUGCCUUCAGGAAGUAGUCACACCCCUUUACUUUUUCCACAUUUUCUUGUGUUACAGCCUGAAUUU